AUGGUCGAUUUGGCAAUUUUGGUUCAUGGUUUCCUGGCGUUUCAAGGCUAUCCUCUGCUUGGAGAGCUGGAGGAUGUGGUUUUUAUCGAGCUAUGCCUUUGCUUGCUGGUGAUUGAGCUGCACCUUGGCCCUGAUGUUCGGUCUCUCAUUCUUCAGGGUUUAAAAGGCUCUGAGAUAUCCGCCCAUCUGGAGGAAACCGGCUCCAUCGAGAUUAUCUACGGGCCCAUGUUCUCGGGCAAGUCCUCAGAACUUCUCCGCAAAAUACGCAGAGUCACCAAGAAAGCGUUGAAGACCUCCAAACUCAUGGACAUCGUGGAGCUCUGCUCGGCCUACGACGUGAUCGGCGUCGAUGAGGGCCAGUUCUUCACCGAGAUCGUGGAAUUCUGCGAGAUGAUGGCCAACAAGGACAAGAUCGUGCUGGUUUCCGCCCUGGACGGCACUUUCGAGCGCAAGCCCUUCGGCAACAUCAUCAACCUCAUCCCCCUCGCUGAGAAGGUCAGCAAGCUGUGCGCGGUUUGCGUCUACUGCACCAACGAGGCCGCCUUCACCAAGAGGAUAGUGGAGAGCAAGCAAGUGGAACUCAUCGGAGGAGCGGAAAUGUACAAGCCUGUCUGCCGGGCUUGCUUCUUCAAGGAGCAGGAGGCCAAGAAGAGACUAGCCUAG